ACAAAUAAAAACAUUUUUUUUUCAGCCUCCGCGUUUUUUCCCCCUUAUAAUCAACGCAAGGUUCAACUCAUUUGUGUAACAAAUUUUCCUAUUCGCCGAACGACUUUACUGUAAAAAUGACAAGUGUAAAGUGCGUCUCCAAAGGUUGUGCCGCGCCCGGGCCCGUGCCAGCCGGCUCCAUCAGACUGUACAGCAUGAGGUUCUGCCCCUUCGCUCAAAGGACCCGACUGGUGCUGAACGCCAAAGAGAUCAAGCACGACAUCGUCAAUAUCAACCUGAGAGACAAACCCGAUUGGUUCCUGGAGAAAAACCCCCUCGGCCAAGUGCCCACCCUGGAGACGUCGGUAGGCGAGGUGAUUUACGAGUCUCCCAUCACCUGUGAGUACCUGGAUGAGGUGUAUCCUGAGAAGAAGCUGCUUCCUGAAUCUCCCUUCGGAAAAGCCCAGCAUAAGAUGAUGAUGGAGAAUUUUUCCAAGAUACCACCAUUAACCUACAAGAUCCCACUGGGCAGACUGAAAGGCGAAGAUGUCUCUGGACCUCAUACUGAACUGAAGCAAAGAUUCAGCAAAUUAAACGAGGACCUGGCGAAGAAGAAGACCAUGUUCUUUGGUGGCGAUUCUGUCACCAUGACUGAUUACAUGAUGUGGCCGUGGUUUGAGAGGCUGCAGGCCUUUGAGUUGAACGACUGUUUGGAGAGUGUGCCUGAGCUUAAGAAGUGGGUGGCGUGCAUGUCGCAGGACCCCGUUGUCAAAGACAGCGGGCACAGCAUGGACACCUACAAGGCCUACUACAAGACCUACCUGGAAGGAAAACCCAACUUUGACUAUGGCCUGUAGAGUGGAGACAACAGGCGCCAAUGCCUUUAACUGUCCAGUUUUCCUAUAUUUUUUUUCAUGGUUCUUGUUCACGUGUUGAGUCACACAUAUUGUUGAAUAAAACCUGUGUUCUACUCUG